AUGGCCACCAAAUGGAUGAUGGGAGACCGUUUUGAUACGGUGUACCCUCACAAAGGAUCUAUCAAGGCUCUUUGGGAGACAAAGUGGAAGUUUUGUUGUUCGAAAUCCAUCUAUCCCUUCCACGAUGGAUCAUUCGAGGACUUUGAACCUAUUUUCGAGUCGCUGAUCGCAAACAACAUCAACGAUCCAUUCACAGACGCCUACACCAACACUUUCCUACCAAUAGUCGACGAACUCGAAAAGGAAGCCAUCAAAGCCCUCGAAUACGACCACCCAUCCCGCGCAGCCGACCUCUACCGCCGCGCAUCAGUCGUCCUCCGCAUCGCCCGCUUCCCCUACGUAAGCCCAACCACGCGCCCCGACAACGCCGUCAAGCGCGCAGCCUUCGACCGCCAGAAAGACCUGUAUCUCAAGGCCGCCUCCCUCUGGAACCCAAUCAUCAAAGAGGUGAUCAUCCCCCACACACACCGCGCCGCAAAUGACGGUCCCAGCAUCCCGCUGUACAUCCGCGUGCCCGUCGAAGCAACCGCCUCGAACCCCGUCCCCGUCGUGCUGCUCAUGACAGGAUUGGACGGCUACAGGCCUGACAACAGCCAGCGGACCCAUGAGAUCAUCAACCGCGGCUGGGCAACGGUGAUCUGCGAGAUUCCAGGCACUGCGGAUUCGCCGGCGGACCCUGCGGAUCCGGAGUCCGCGGAUCGCCAGUGGACUGCUGUGCUGCAGUAUAUGGCGGGGCGACCUGAGUUUGAUAUGAGUCGGGUUGCGGCUUGGGGACUUAGUGCUGGUGGCUUUUAUGCCAUUCGCGCGGCUUGUACGCAUCGCGAUCAGCUUGUGGGCUCUGUGGCUCAUGGGCCUGGGUCGCAUCAUUUCCUUAGUCCGGAGUGGUUGGCCAAGGUCAAUGACCACGAGUAUCCGUUUACGAUCACCGAUUGCUGGGCUGAAAAGUAUGGCUAUUCUACCACAGAGGAUUUCAUCCAGAACUCCCAGAAGAAGUUCUCUCUCGUCGAGACUGGGGUUGUUGAUCAGCCCAACUGCAGAUUGCUGCUGCUCAAUGGCGUGAACGAUGGUGUCGUCCCCAUCGAAGAUUGUCUGGUGCUGUUUAACCACGGUGGACCCAAAGAAGGUCGUUUCUUUGAAGGCAUGGUGCAUAUGGGAUACCCUAACAGUCUGCCAGUCUCCUACAAGUGGCUGGAGGAUGUGCUGUCUCCCAACAAAACGGAGCUCAAGAACUAG